AUGAAAUUGAAAAAGCGUGGUCUGGUUAAUUCAUUAACCAGUCCAGAUAUAAUAAAUCUCGUUAAUAAACCGACAACCGUUUACUGCGGAUUGGAUCCAACUGCACCAAGUUUACACCUAGGAAAUCUGCUAGCGCUUAUCUGCUUACUGCAUUUUAACGUUUUGGGUCAUCGCGUAAUAACAUUGAUUGGCGGUGCAACGGGCUUAAUUGGUGAUCCAUCCGGGCGUAAUGUCGAGCGAAAACCUUUACCACAGUCUACCAUCGAACAUAAUAUCGUCGCUAUUGAUCGACAGAUACGCAAGAUUUUUGACAAUGGACGAAAUUACGCGUCAAGACGUGGUUACGUUUCUAUUUAUGAAUCAGAUAACGUGAUAAUAAAAAAUAAUUUGGAAUGGUUUCAAAAAAUGACUGCUUUGGAUUUUUUGAGUGACAUCGGGAGGUACUUUAGGGUUGGGACGAUGCUGACAAAAGAUAGGAUAGAGAACGAGGGUGGUAUAAGUUUUACGGAGUUUUCUUAUCAAUUACUUCAGGCUUACGACUUUUGGUAUUUGUAUAGUUAUUAUAAUUGUCAAGUUCAGUUAGGAGGAAGCGAUCAGUGGGGAAAUAUCACUAAUGGAAUUGAUCUGAUUCACAAAAAGAGUACUUUUAACAAUGUUAAAGUAAAUGAGUCAAAAAACCCAAACAUUAAGAAAGUAUACGACGCGUUUGGAAUCACUAUACCUUUACUAUUAACUUCAUCAGGAGAGAAGUUUGGUAAAUCUGCAGGAAAUGCAGUUUGGUUAGAUGACAAAAUGACAAGCGCGUAUGAAUUUUAUCAAUAUUUCAUGAAAAUCUCUGAUGCUGACGUAGAAAAGUACUUGUAUUUGUUUACUUUUCUAAAAGGGGAGGAGAUAACUCAGAUUCUCAAAACACAUUCUGAAUCCCCUGAAAAGCAUCAUGCGCAAGAAAAAUUGGCAUCCGAGGCCACGGAAAUGGUUCAUGGUUUGGAGGGCCUGCGAAAAGCCAGAGUUGCCACCGAUAUUAUUUUUGGUACAUCCAUCAAAAACAUGAAGAGCCAAGAUAUAAUUAAUGCCUUUUCGAACGAUACCCAACAUCUAAAAUCAAUUAAACGUAAUGAAGUCCUUAAUUACACGAUUGACCGCGUUGCUGCCACUUCUGGAGUGUGUAAAUCACGCAGUGAAGCAAAUAAGUUGAUUAAGGCCGGUGGCCUUUAUUUAAACAAUGAGCGAAUUGAUGACUCUCAAUAUAAAUUAUUAGAAGAUGACUUACUAGAUGGAAUAUUGUUCGUAUUUAGAACUG